ACUGAGGCCGCAAAAUCGUCAAAAUUUUUAAGACGGCGUAGUACAGUACGUGUGACCGCGAUUUUAGGUUAGUUUGUCAUUUUGUAGCUCAAGAUAUGUUGGCCAAAACGCCCGCUGAAAUGGGGGAGAAUAUGGAAAACUUUUUGGACGCCCUUAAUGCAUUUGAACGCAAACCAUCAAGAGAGAUUCCUAAAGAACUGGAAGAGCUACUAUGUAGGAUAGCUCGCAACGGUGAACCAUUAUUUCCAUGGUGUAAGCUUAAGCCUCUUGUAGUCACCAAGCUUGAGAAUGUCAUUCAAGAAUAUAUCCAGACCAACCCUUGUGAGGAGGUCCCAAUGCUUCCUAACGUGGAGAAUGUCAAGUUUGAUGAUAUGAGAGAGAGACUCAUGCGUUCACUGAAUGCAUUCAACAGUGCUCCAUUUACCAUGCAACGGCUUUGUGAACUACUGACGCAUCCUAAGCGGUAUUACCAAAGGAGUGACAAGUUCAUGAGAGGCGUGGAAAAGAAUGUCCAGGUUGUAAGCACCAUCACGCCAGCCGGGAAACGCAUCACCCAUUCCUGUGAGGUACGAAAUACAACCCUCCUGAUGAAUGGGAUACCCUCUGAUACCCACACCCAAACAGCAAGUACAGUGUCUAGUGAAUCCCAGCCAGUCGAGACCACCCCGCCAUCGGAUGAAACCAAUCACACCAACGGAAACACAGCCAGUUCUUCCCUAGUCCCCAAGCCACCAAAUGAUGCCGUCGUUUGUUCCCCUGCUGCCAGUGAACAGCAAGACGUUGAUUCCACGAGGCAUUAUGCCAAUGCCUCGGUAUCUAAACCUGCAAUGGAUACCAGUGAAAGAACUAGUAGCAGUGAUGACAGUUUACCAGUUAAGGACAUUAAAGAGACGUCGGAGCACAAUGAAGCUGAGGCUUGUAAAAUGAUGGAAGUUGAAAGCAGGACAGGUGUCGUUGAUUCGGACGACAGCGACGGAAAUAAAGGUGAUGUUGAUCAAGAUAGCUGUUCCUCCAUGGAUAGUGCCGAUAGCGGUGGUAGUUCACCAGAUUCAGCCUUACCUCCUACCACUGGUUUCUUUAACACGUUACAUCGAGAGGUUACAACACCACACAAAAAAGUACAAGACACAGUGGAUUCCUCAUCAUGCUCAGCAACAGCAGCUCCACCACCAAGAGAUGAGGACAAAUCAACCUCAGGGCCCAGUUCAAUGCCCCAACCAGACCAAAGUCAUUACAGUAUUAGCCCACCAGCACUGGGAAGAGAACAGCAGUCUUCCCCACCACCUCCACCCCCACCACCACCAUCAAUCAGUUCUGCUGGUGUAGAAUCUAGUGACACAAGAACAGACGGACAGGAGGAGGAGGGUACUCCUAUGGAGGGAGAGUCUCCACCUGAAACCUCAAACUCUGAGGUGGUUACCUCUGACGCGGCUACCUCGGAUGCUGCUACCUCGGAGGCGGUAACCUCUGAGAUGGCUACCUCUGAGGCAGCUACCUCUGAGCCGGCAAGCUCUGAGCCAGCAACCUCUGAGGCAUUUACGUCUGAGGCAGUUACCUCUGAGGUGGCUACCUCUGAGCCGGCUAUCUCUGAGCCGGCUACCUCUGAGGCAAGUCCGUCUGAGCUGGCUACCUCUGAAGCGGCUACCUCUCAGGCAGUUACCUCCGAGGCGGCUACAUCUGAGGCAGUUGCACCUGAGGCGACUACCUCUGAGGCAGCUACCUCUCAGGCAGUUACCUCUGAGGCAUGUACCUCUGAGAUGUCGUCUACUGAGGCAACAACAGCGGAGGCGUUAGACCCUACAGCCUCAAGCACUGAAACAUCCAUCGUUGACCAAUCCACCUCUGAGAUGAAUGUUUCAACCAGUGGGGCCUCAACACCAGGGACAUCUACAGUUUCAGCAUCUACAUGUUCCUCCGAGGCCAUGACCACAGAACCAUCUGAAAAGGAUGAGAAGAACAAGAGUCAGGAGGCUGCAGACCAAUCUGAGGUGGACUCUGGGCUUAACAAUGUCAGUGAAACCACUCCAAUGGAACAGGAUUGAUCCAAACACUCAAAUUAGAUGUAUUUUUUGUUUAACAACAAAGUUAUUUUAAAUGAUGAUGGUGGUUUUGGUUGCAUACAGAUGCCUGAAGAACGAGCACAUGGCUGUUUCGAGCUGUAUGUAGGCCUGGUAGGAGUCUAGUUUUUUUUGAUCUAUUUUACAAUCAUCGGGAUUGUUUUGUUUCCUUUCCCGCAUGGCACACAGUAUCUACUGGCAAACCAAAUCGCUCGUUUUUUUUAUCCCCAAUGUUAUCAAUACAUGAGUUAAAUUGAUCCUAAUUGCCAUGUAUUCUUGUUAUCUGGAAGUCUCAAAGUUCAUCCUCCAGUUCUCAGACAGUUCUUCUGUAUGUGCCAAACACGAGAAACCCCAUUCAUAGUUUAAAGCUACUCAUAAAUGGUGUCCAGUCACAACUCUAUCUAAGUCAAAGGUGUGAUCAGGGCCCAUUUUUAUGGCUCUGCUUACCGUAAGCAAAGAAUCCGUGCUUACAGAAGCCUGGAAUUCUGUGCUUACGUCAAGCAUUUUGCACAGGAUAGCGUGGAAUUCUGGCGAGUGCGUACUCCAUGUUACUAGGCAUUCUACACUUACAAGGCUCAGCGUAGAUAUAUUCGGUGCAAGCGGAGAAUGGUGAUUGUAAGGGCAGAAUUUGGCCGUUAGCAGAGCCAUGAUAUUGGGCCCUGUUUUGUGAACAUGCUGGUGCGCUUUUUGUAUGACAUGCAAAAUAGUUUUUUAAAACACUGCAAAGAGGUAAUGUUUUCGUUUUUGUAGAUUGCAAGUUGGAGAAAAUAGAGUAUUUGUAAAAUACUUUGUAAUUGAUGUCAACUUUUUUUCCAUUGGAGUUUUAAAUACUUGUUUUUGUUUUGUUCAAGCAAAUUGGAAAUUGUGAGACAAUUUUGUUCACUUACCAUUUGUUACGUGUUGUGAAAGACAAAAAAACUGCAGGGCAUUGUGUACAAUGUUUAUGUGUAAUUUAUCUGUACAUAUUUAAAAUAAGCUCUUAAAAAAGAGGAAGAAAUGAAGUGCUAGGCAAUUAAUUACAUUCAGCCUGAUAAAGGUGCAUAUUAUUAGUAUCCAAAAUCUGAUUAUUGUUGAAAUUUUUUAAAGGUCAGAGAAUUUGCUUUUAGAGAGACACUUAACGUUUAGAACAAACUAUGUACGUCUGUGAAUAAUGUUCAUGUCUGAAAUGUGUAAUUUUGAUCAUAUCUCUAGCUGUUGUUGAGAGGUGCUGUAUUGUGUUUCUAGAACAACAGUGUUUUGUUAAUUUUGUUUUUUUAUAUUGUGGUAACUUGUAGUCAUGAACAUUUCAGCAUUAGGCCUGUAAAAAAACAUGUUGGCUUUACCUGCCAUGGUAUGUAUGUCGGCCAUUUUCUAAGUGGGCAGUAAGUUUGUGGGCACAGGUCACAAAUAACAAUGCACCCAGCAAUUACCACUGAGGUACAAGAAGCUCAUUUAAAGAAGUUCCAAAGUUCCUUUAGAAACUGAUUCAAUAUGCAAAUGCACACAUCCCAAGCUGGCAAAAUAAUACAGUAAUAUUGCUGACACUGUACCCCCCAGUGUUGUUUUCUGCUUCUGUUUUUUAUGGGCUUCUGUGAUCAUUGAUGUUGAUACUAAGUAAAGCCUUCCUGCCAUGUGUAUGUUGAGCCAAAGUGAAGACCUAAAAAUAUGGUUUGGCCUGUACAGUAGUUUAAUAUGCCAGCCUUUUUCAUUUUGAAAAUUUAUUUGUUUAAUUUCUCAAAAUGUGCAUUCUCCCCUCCAAGCAUAGUGAAGCAGAGAAGGUGAAGCAUAGUGUUUCCUUGUAAUGCCAACAUGUAAUUAUUCUUUUGUCAGGCCUGGAAUUUAAUCUUUGAAAGGGCAAGGCCAUUUUCAUAUUGAAAAGGGCACUUCCUUGUGGAAAA